AUGACGUCUUGCUUGUUCUUGGUUUUAAUGUGGUGGAAAAUUGAGGCUGUCGCUGGUAUCCAGAGCUGGAUCACUGGCUCACCUCCGAAGAAGAGGCAGAGAACUGUGGAGGACUUCAACCAGUUCUGCACCAUUGUGCUGGCGUACGCAGGCUAUAUUCCCUAUCCCAAAGAGCAUGACCCCUGGUCACACGCUAAUCUGAGUCCCCGGAACAGCACGGGCAGCACGCUGGACAGUGACAGCUGGGAGUCCUCCCGCUCCUCAGAUUCCCACAUCCUUCACUGCAGGAAACAGAUCAAAUGCAGCGCUGACAAGGAGGGCCUGAAGCGAGCGCGCUCAGACAGCCUGUUACUGGGCUGUUCGAACUUCACCAACUCCCUGUUUGACAGCCCCGAGAAGAGCAGCUCGGAGAAACUCAAGAAAAAGAAAAUCUCUUCAAAAAAGAUAGGACUGGAUGGAGUGAAGAAGAGGAAACACCCGGAGAGCGGGAAGAAGCUGACUUCAGACGGCAUUAAGAAGAUUGUGGGACUUUCUAAACCCACCGGCGAGCUGGGAAAACCGAAGGAAGGCAAUCAGGGUCAGCUCCUGGGCAAGGGAGGCGUCAUGCCUGUGGGCAAGGCCUUGGGGUUGCCUAUGGGCAAGCCUUCAGGCAUGUGUAUGGGCAAGAUGCCAGGCAUCGCUAUGGGCACAAUGCCAGGCAUGGCUAUGGGCAAGGCAUCAGGCAUGUGUAUGGGCAAGAUACCAGGCAUGGCUAUGGGCACAAUGCCAGGCAUGGCUAUGGGGAAGGCAUCAGGCAUGUGUAUGGGCAAGAUACCAGGCAUAGCUAUGUGCAAAGUGCCAGACAUGGCUAGGUGCAAAGUGCCAGGCAUGGCUAUGUGCAAGAUGCCAGGCAUGGGUGUGGGCAAGGCUUCUGGCAUGGCUAUGUGCAAGGUGCCAGGCAUGGGUGUAGGCAAGGCCUCUGGCAUGGCUGUGGGCAAGCUGCCAGGCAUGGCUAUGGGCAAGGCAUUAGGCAUGACUGUGGGCAAGGCCACAACCUUUUCUGCAGCUGUGGACAAGGCCUCAGGCAUGGCUAUGGCUGUGGGUGUGGAUAAGGUCACAGGAUUGUCUGUAGCUGUGGACAAGCCCUUAGGCGUGGAGGAGAGCAAGGCCUUAGACAUGGCUGUUGCUGUGAGCAAGCCCUCAAGCCUAGCCGUGACUGUGGGUGGGGCAUCGCAGAGUGAAACCGAGUCUGAAGAGGAGUCCAUCAAAAUAUCGCCGAACACCGAAGUUGCGUGUAAACCCCCAUCUCUCGUGAAAGAGUUUGGGAAGGAGGUUGAAGAGGAAAGAAUGUUGGUCAAAGAAGUGAAGCAGGAGCAGGAAGUGAAACAGGAACAGGAAGUGAAGCAGGAGCAGAAAGUGGAAGAGAAGCAGGAAAUGGAAAAGGAACAGGAGGAGGUCAAGACGGAGAAGAAAGAAGUGGAGGAUGAUCAACACAGUGAGGAUUUGGAAGGCUCGAUUGACGAUGAUGAGAUGUUGGGUUCAGCACUUAGUGAUGAGUCGUCACCUACAGAAAACUUGAAGAUAGAAGAUGACGACUCCUGGGAUCUGAUCACGUGUUUCUGUAUGAAGCCGUUUGCGGGCAGACCUAUGAUCGAGUGCAGCGAAUGUGGCACAUGGAUCCACUUGUCCUGUGCCAAGAUCAGGAAAUCCAACGUCCCUGAGGUUUUCAUCUGUCAGAAGUGUAAGGAUGCCAAGCAGGACAUUCGGAGAUCCAACCGGGCACGCACAGGCCCCAAGAAACGCUUCAGCGAAUGACUAUGUGGUGCCGGUCUGGAGGCUGGACACGGUGACGCUGGCAGGUCUUAGAGACAAUCAUGGAGAAGGGAGUUUGGGAACUUGACGGCCAUGUCCUGUGUCCUGGGCUGGAUUCGAAUGUUGCCUUUUUGUCAAAGAAACAAAGUUCAGUGGUGCAGCGUUCACUUUACAUUGAAUCUGUAUAUAGUUCAGAAACUGGAGCUGUUUGCUUCUCUCCUCCCGCCUCCCCCAGUCGCCCAGUACCGGCCGAUCUCCAUUGUUGACAGCAGGACUUCGGGAGCUGAGGAGACAGUUUCUGUGGUGUGGUACUUAAGGAGGUUUCAAUGAACAGGAAGCAGGACUUCUUUAUAACCAGAUCGACGCCAUAGGUUCGCUGUAGCUGUACGUGGGGCCAUGGUCAGUGUGUCGAGAGGAGCUGGAAACCUAGUAUAGCGGAGAUUCCUGUUAUAACAAUGUUAGUCAGGAUCUGUUGGUCCACAUCUCUCACGCUGGGUAACAGGCAAAAGCUCCCCAGACAUCGACUUCCAGAAGUGAAUCAGAAGCCAAAGAUAUCAAAUGGAAGAGCUGUGCCCCAGCUUCAGGUGUUACUAUGCAAAGGCCCAGGCGUACACUUCUCUCAGCGUUAAAAUAUCUGAGAGAAUCUGAAACAUCCCAAUACAAAAGGGUAGAACUUCACCACUGUCUGAUCUCCCUCCGGCUCCAGUCAGAGCAGUUCUGACUGUAAUGGAUCUUUUCCCGUAGGAUGUAUGAGUUGGUUGUACUGCGCUGGUGAAGUUAACCCAACACACCAGGGGCAAACUGCGGCUGGCAAACACACCGUUUGAUGUCCAUGUGUUUGACGUCAGUCCUGGCCUCUUCUUCAGCUGUUGUUCAGUUCCACAGCAGGAAGUUCAGACCCUCCCCCAGUGACUGCCGACUCUGGUGAUCUCUCCAUCUCUCCGCUGGCAGUUAAUGUCACUCACCCCUGCCCCCUUCUCUUCCCUGAAAUUCAUCCUUACCUUGGAAGGGCAUUCUGCAAAGGCGGUGGAUGUGAAGGAAGAUUAAAGCCACAGGUAGAGGUUGGGUUCUGGUGUGUCUGUACUGUGACAGAACCAGAACCAGAACCAGCUCAGAACCAACCAGCAUUAGUGAUGUCCAUUACUGUUACAAUCAUGUAAUCUGAACCCUGCAACAGUUUUUACCAAACCCACCCCGUGUCUGUGAGCAGCAAAGCUUAUUCCGUUGGCUGGGGCUCUCAUUGUCUGGCCAUGGGUGAUGGGGUGUGUCUUAUGUUGGCACAGUAUCCAUUGGGAUUGUGAUGGAGUGUUCGGCACAAAGGAGCGUCUGAGCAACGCUUCGGUUCAAUGUGCAACAAACAGUAGCAACUGGUCAAAGAGGACAACUUGGCAAAAACUUUUUUUUCUUUUUAACUUUAGUGCUGUUCAAACCACCUGGGGUCUUAACGUUAACUGGAUUCCUACUGACUGCUCCAACACUGCGGGAAUCCAGUACAGAGAAUUAAGCUACGGCCAGAGGUUCAGUGUGCUUGGAUUUCAGGAAUUGGUAUGAAUGAGCUUGGGAGGAAAAGGUCUUCAUGGACAUGGUUGGAGGGGACGUAUGUUGGAGCUGAAACACUAGCCUUCACUACUAUUAGCUCCACAAUCAUUUGUCUCUUCAGUCGAGUCUGUCUUUAUUUUGUGUUGUGUCUCCUCCCCCCACCUCCCCCCACCCACUGUAAAUACUACUCAAAGCUGAUCUGUAAAUAAUUCUGUACGAAGAGUAUCUGGAAGUAAAAGAUGAGAUGAUGGUGAACUGAGCGCAGGAAAGACAGAUUUUGAGGUUUAAAUUGCACUAUUGCCUUUCACUGUAGGAGUUUUUUGCCUGAGGGUCCUGGGCUGACUUUCUAUUACUUUGUAUAAAUGUAAGAUAAUUAGGUUGUUUUCAAAGGCGCAGGAAAUGCGUAAAAUGUACCCGUUUCCUUAAGUUCGUAGACUGUUUGUGUCGGUGAUACCUGCUCCCGGGACAUUGGCUUAUUUUGUUUUUGGGGAUGAUUGGGAGAGGCUUUUAGAAAUAUUGUUUUCUUGCUGCCUCUCUGCCAUGUUCCUUUGUGGUGGUGGUGGUGGGGGGCGGGGGCACGUUUGUCACAGGACGGGGUGAUCAGCCUCCAGCUCCCCCGGGACUGGAAGUCCGAUCCUGCUUUGAUACACUCCCAAUGAUUCCACCCCCCGCAUCCCUCCUCCAGGAUGACUUGGAGGAUGGAGCUGCCCCCCACCCCAGUGGAGGAGAAGGAGCUAUUGAGGCUGAUUUGUGAUAUUCACAAACAAUAUUGGUUGAGUUUAAUGUGUAGGAUUCUCCUGAUUUCCUAGUUGCAGAAUUUUCCAUAAAGGCCUCACUUGGCAGACAAUUUUCCCACUUGUCCGAGUUGGGAUUAACGUCAACACCGCAAAUUUACACGACAAACCCAGCCUGCAGGUGUUGGGUAUUAGUUUAUUGUGAGGGGCUGCUAGUCACAAUCACGCCAUCAACUCUUUGUUGCAAAUGUGGAGGAGGGGGGAGAUUUUGCACUGUUUCUUAACAAAUUUCUUGACUUGAGAAAUGCUGAUUUCCAUGACGUCAACUCACGGGGAAAGGGGCUGAGACUCAAUCCGGUUUUCAGAGCGAGUUUCCUUGGGAUCGGAGUGUCGUAUGUGCUGUGUCUGGUUACUGGAAAUCAGUUAGGAAAUACUGCAAAAUGGGCUCUCCUCUCCCUCGGGCCCCGAGUUGUGCGGUUGACAAACUCCAGUUGGUGAUUUGAGGAAAUGGCCCUGAGCGUCUGUCUGGCUGGAUUUUUUUAUACAUUAUAUUAUAUUGAAAACACGUUUCUGUACUUCUUUUUGCCUCUUUUUAAAAAAUACAUUGACUUUUCUAUCAGCCGAGGUGUCAGGUUAUUUUAUAAUCUUGUGGUUUUGUUUAAAGUGCUUCGCGAGUGGGAAGGAAUCUGUUACGCAGCCAUUUAACGCACAUUACAUUUCAGGUCUUGGACACUGCUUGUAGUGACCUCACUUUACCCCAAACCCCUGUCUGUACUCAGCAGGGAGGAAGGGAGGGGAAAAAGAGUGAGAGGUGCUGUCAGCUCACUCAGCAUCGACCAGUUGUGGAGGCCGAUACCCACAUUCCCAUUAGACCUGUUUUUGGUGUGAAGAGAAACUGCUCUCAGACUGACUCCAGUGGCUCCUUCCCUCAGUCAGUUUGGGUUUUGUUCUGAGCGUCCGCUGUCUGCCAAUGCUCUGUGACGGUCUCUAGUCUGGUUCCUAAGCCAGGCGGGUCCACAAUAUUCCAAGGAACUAACCAGCCUGGCUCAUUGGCAUGACCUGGAAGGGCAGACCAGUCAUUGGGAAUAGGGAAUCGUCCCACUCAGCUCCAGUUAACCCUGCAGCCAAAGCCCCAAUGAGAAGGGCGGUCCGAGCUGGAAUAGCAGCAAGAAAGACAGUGCUUUCAAUGCCAAGCUGAACAAUCCCAGCAGUUACCCCAAGGCAUACUCUGGAGUCCCUGAUCCUUGGCUCUCACCAACCUGCUCCUAAUACAGCAGCGUGCAUUCCUCUAGUCUAGGGAGAGAGUCUGCAUUCCCUUCCACAUGGAAAUUUCCGUGUGUAGGUGGGAUCCGUGAAACUGUCUGUUUGAAUAUUCCUAAGCACAGUGAAAGCUUUCUACGUGUGUCACUCGCUGAGCAGCAACUAAAGGCCAGAGCCAAGCAAGAAGCACCCCUCAGCACUGAACUAACCAGCUGUCGAUUAAAACGUAUCUCAUUUGAAUAUAUAAGUGUACAAACCAAUGCCCCCCCACCCUUCUGUAAGCUGUGGUAGGGAGGGAAGGUGACGUCAGGCUUGCAGGACUGGGUAAGUUGGCUCAUCAACAUGGCUCAGAAUAAUACACUAAAUGUUCUGGAGACAGCACAAACCCAAUGCCUUAGUCCUCAGUGGGUCAGUGCGGUGGGCAAUCCUGUUUGGCUGCACCAUCCAUUCAACUCAGGAAUGUUGGCAACUCAGCUGCCUCCCAUUUCCAUCGCAGGCAUUGGCAGUAAUGGACUGGGGACAGCGCAGCUCAUUGGCAGACACUGCAGCAAAGAUACGGGCGAGGAAAGCUGUAACUUACUGAGAACCACUGAGUAGCCUGCGGGGUCACCUCAUUCCUCAGCAGCAUUCCUGGUACUCGAAGAGUUAAUCGACGCACUCACAUUUUUAGCUGCUUCACUUUCUUCCCUUUAUGUUUUGUACUUUUCCAGUUUGGAACCUUGUUUAUCCCCCGCCCUGGGCUCGGUUGGAAACCGUUGACAAGAGUUUGUUUGACACUAUUUAAACCUGUACAAAAUUAUGAGACAAUUUCAAUGUAAAGUUGUACAGAGAAAGGAUUUGCCAUUUCUGGGUGAUCCCACCGUCAUGUCCAGUUGGAUACGUUGUGUAUAAAACAAAUAAAAUUCUGUUUUUGCUUUAA